CGGUGCAGCCGCCCCGCCUGGGCCUGCGGAGCAGGCGCACAGCCCGGCGCCCGCCCCCCGAGGCUCGACGAAAUGGCAGCGGCAGCAGCGCUGCUGUGGCGGAGCGGUGCGCGCGGCGGCGCCUCGGUCUCCUUGUCCGGCGGCAGGCGGUUUUUUAGCCGUGGGCCAAAUGUGUUACUUCAAGACAGCAAUGCACCGCAGGCUGCAUUCUUUUCACCUCUUCAAAAAGUGAUGUUGCCACCAAAUACCUUUCAAGGGAAAGUAGCCUUUGUAACCGGUGGAGGUACUGGGCUUGGCAAAGGCAUGACGACAGCCUUGUCCAGUUUGGGUGCCAAGUGUGUUAUAGCAAGCCGGAAGCUUGAUGUUUUGAAAGGAACAGCAGAGGAAAUUUCUUCAAAAACGGGGAAUAAGGUCUAUGCCAUCCAGUGUGAUGUGAGAGAUCCAGUUUCUGUUAAGAAUGCUGUUGCUGAACUAAUUCAAGUGGCAGGGCAUCCUGAUGUUGUGAUAAACAAUGCAGCAGGAAACUUUAUUUCCCCUUCUGAACGACUUUCUGCUAAUGCAUGGAAAACUAUAACUGAUAUCGUGCUUAAUGGUACUGCUUUUGUAACGCUGGAAAUUGGAAAGGAACUCAUAAAAGCCCAAAAAGGAGCAGCAUUCCUGGCUAUUACAACAAUUUAUGCAGAGAGUGGUUCAGGAUUUGUGUUACCGAGUGCCUCUGCCAAAGCUGGUGUCGAAGCAAUGAGCAAGUCUCUUGCGGCUGAGUGGGGUAAAUAUGGCAUGAGAUUCAAUGUGAUUCAACCAGGUCCAAUAAAAACAAAGGGUGCUUUUAGCCGCCUUGACCCAACAGGCGCAUUUGAGAAGAAAAUGAUUGAGAGGAUUCCCUGUGGCCGUCUGGGAACUGUAGAAGAAAUAGCAAAUCUUGCUGCCUAUUUCUGCAGUGACUAUGCAAGCUGGGUUAAUGGAGCAGUUAUUAGAAUGGAUGGUGGAGAAUAUGUUUCUAUGGCAGGAGAAUUCAAUGAGUUGAAAAAGGUUACCAAAGAGCAGUGGGAUAUGAUGGAAGCAAUGAUUAGGAAAACAAAAGGCUCUUAAUGUACCUAACUGUAUGGUGGUGAAUUCUGGAAAUGAACCACUACUUUUUCAUGAAUAUUUAGAAAUAACCAAAUGAGAAAUAGCCUUAAAAAUCUUUUGUAUGCUGAUUUCAAUAAAAUAUUUGGAAAUUG